ACAAUACGGUAAGUAGAAACUUACUGAAAAUAGAUAUAUUUAGAUUUUUUCUUCUCUAAUUAGUUACUUCGUCUUGAUUUUGAUAUAGAAUAUUUAUUGGAUAAAACAAAGAAAGAACUCAACGAUGAUUUAAAUAUUAUUAUACUCUCCGAUCAUGUAUAUUUUAAGGGCAUGACCAAUGUAACAGGAGUAAUACGACCAUUUUUCGAAAAAUAUCUUAGCCCAACAUCCGUUGAAACAAAUCUUCUUUCUGGUGCCUUAUUCAAUGUAAUGCCAAAACGUGGACUAACUAGAAAAGUUUACAAUAAUCUUAGUAAUUUACCUAAUGUAACAGUAUAUAGACGUGAUGAACUUCCUGAACGUUUUCAUUAUUCAAAACUAGAACAUCGACUUGGAGAAAUAACUGUAUUACCAAAUUCUGAAGGUCAAAUUAUAUCUCGAGUAAUCCUUUUAAUUAACUUAAUUGAACAUUAUUUUCAAUUAAUAUUUCGGCAACAACAAAAAAAGAUUAUAACAAAAAAAGGUAACCAUGGAUGGGAUAAUACAUUAGCAACUAUGCAAGCCAUAUUUAUGGCUCGUGGUCCUUCUUUCAAUAAAAAUGUAUCAAUUGAUUCACUUAAUAAUGUAGAUAUUUAUCAUAUUGCUUGUCACAUUCUUAAACUUAAUCCAAAUCCUCAUGCUACUGCUGGUUCUAUUGUCUAUCUUACUAGUAUUUUCCGUACGAUUGAAAAUAUGACGACAUCAUCUACGUCCACAUCGAUUAGUUCAACAAUAGCAACAUUCACAACGACGAUGAAUGAUGCUAGUUGUUUAUAUUCCAUCUGUUUGUUUCCUGUUGUACUGAGAUUCAUGUUGUUAUCUUUCAAUUUUUAA